AUCCUCAUCACAGGUCGUCUUGGGGCCAAGAGAAGUGAGAGAUGCAGGGGAGGUAGCGUGUGCCCCAACUUCCAUGCGUUGGGUUAGGGGUCCAAACCGCGCACGGCGCCUCCCCCAUCCACGGGCACCCCCACACCCCUCCCACGCACUCGCCUGGGCCACCAGGGCCUGUCCCCCGUUGGGGGUGCUGGGCGCGUGCGCGGUGCGGGGGAAGGUCAUGCGUGGGGAUGCGCCCCCGCCCCCGCCCUUUGUCCCGCGGGUGGGAGGGGGAGCGAUGGUGACAAGUGGUCCCAGCGAGGGAUGCGCCGGAUGCCUACGCCGCCACCACCACCCCACCGCCCGCGGGUGCCCGGGGUCGGACUGGCCGGGGCCCCACGCUCACCCACCCGCGCGCGGAAUCCGGCCCAGGGACGACGGCGGCGGCGGUGCCCAUGCCCGGCGCCGGGGAGCGUCUACAAAGAAUAACGGAAAGCGGAGGGAAGCGACCACACACCGGCGGGCGGGCCAGCAGAGGCGGCGAGUCUUGGAGCCGGGCGACUGCAAGGGCAGAGACGCUAGGACCGCCCGGUGCGCCAACUGGCGGGCCUUCUCUGGGGGUCCCCGGGCCCAGGUUCGUUGUGGGGCAAGAAUGAUGAGACACACGCAGACCACUCACCCAGCGUCUGACCGCAAUCAGAGCUCAGGAUCGGGCACUGUUAGUGUUAGGCCAUGGGGAGGCCCUUUUUUAGCUCUCUGGGAAGUAAAGGCAGCUGAUGUGCUCGUCCCCCCAAAACAAGAAGCAGAAAGAAGAAAUGACGCCCUGGACAGUGCCUGGCACAAAACCGACUGCAAGGAAUAUUAACUAGGAGGGUAGAUGUUUAUUCAGCUUCUGGCCCAGUGCUGCCUGCCUCUUCCCCUCCCAUUCUCCAGUAUCAUCCACGCCCUGGAAUUUCUGCCAGCCCUUAUGAGAGGGAUGCUCUAACUCUGCAGGGGGCAAACCUAAAUGUGCCAACCACCUAGAAAACCGAGGCCGCAGUCCUCUCCUACCCACUCCAUGUUACCUACAGAUAAACUGCAGCCUGAGUCAAAACGUCCAGGGGGCAGCGCCUGCCCUCGAUCGAUGUUUUUGAAACUAUAGGUUCAUGUGCAGAAAAUGUAACAUAGUAGAAUAAAAACUGGAAUUGGCAGUUUAAAAAAAAAAAAAAAAAAGCACAUGGGAAAAAAUGAGAGAC